AUGGCCAGAACCAGACAGACCGCCCGCAAGAGCACCCGUGGACCACCUCAUCCGAUCCAGCAUCCUCAGGAAGUGCCCGACCAGGAGGAGCCCAAACAGCCAGAAGACUUUCCCGAGUUCAUGGAGGUCGAUGACAAUGAUGAUGACUACUACGGCUAUUACGGAGGAGGCUGGGUGGACACUGAUACUAAGGAGGAGCCCAUGGAGCUGCCUGAGGACCACCCAGACGCUGCAGGCGACAACGAUGAGGACGCUGCAGGAGGAGACGGUGCCGAUCCAGGUGCCGCAGGAGGAGACUAUGCAGAAGAUGGUGAUGAUGACCCAGCUGCACCCGAUGGUGGUGACGAGGACCAGAUGAUGAUCUAG